CCUGUCACUGUAUAUGAGGGUAUUUCGGAUCGCCCGGGGCUGGCAGUCCACACUCCCACAAGACACUUAGAGCGAGAGAAGGUACAUUGUCCAGGAGGCCCAGACCCUCUUCAGACAGAACCAACAGGUAAAACGAUAGACCAAAAGUUUGUCUGCUGUAGCUCGGUAUCAUCUUCAUCUGUUUGGUUAAUAUGUUGUUCUGUGUAUCCCUUUCAGUUGACAGAUCAGGAAUCAAUAAAGAAGUGCAUAGAAGAAUGUGAGGCAAGGAUAGAAAUUGGUGUGUGUCAAGAAAAGCCUGGUUGACAUUUUCAAAUUAUUUUAGUAAUAUAAUCUCUGGAUAAAUCAGACACUGUUCAGUGUUCACACUUAAAGGCUUUGGUGUGAGAAUCUGAGUGAUGUUUUUCCCCACUCUGAUUCACAGGUCUUCAUUACAGGAAUCCCUAUCCAAGACCUGUAAGUGACAGACAUCUAAACCAGAACAAAUGUUUAUAUAUCUCAGGCACUAUUGUGUAAUUUCACUAUUGUCUAAUGUAAUGGUUUUAUUUAGGUUGUAUACCCUUCAUUGCAGAUCUACCUGCCUAUAAUGGGACUGGCAACCCAGAAAGGCAGGAAGCUGAAAGCACAGCAACGCGUGAGGAAGCAGGCCAAGCCAGUUUACUUACAGUCACAUGACGAAUACAGC